AUGUUUCCCGAGUCAAACAGCGGGUACAGCUAUGAGGACUGCAGGGCCACUGCUGACUGGCUUAUGGCCCAGACCUCCGUUCACCCUCUGGUGGGCAUCGUGUGUGGUUCAGGAAUGGGAGGUCUCGCUGACAUGCUGAAAGACCAGGUGGCCUUUAACUACAAGGACAUCCCCAACUUCCCCCAGAGCACAGUGCCCGGUCAUGCUGGACGCCUGGUGUUCGGGACACUGAAGGGAAGGCCAUGCGUUUGCAUGCAGGGACGUUUCCACCUGUAUGAGGGAUACACCGUCCAGAAGAUCACACUGCCCAUGCGCAUCUUCAGUUUGCUGGGCGUUGAGACGGUCAUCCUGACCAACGCUGCUGGAGGCCUGAACCAGGACUUUAAGGUGGGAGACAUCAUGAUCAUGAAAGACCAUAUAAACAUGCCCGGCUUCGCUGGCAACCACCCGCUGGCUGGACCUAACGAUGACAGAUUCGGUGUGAGGUUCCCCUGUAUGUCCGAUGCUUACGACAGAGACUUGCAGCAGCUGGCUCUGGAUGUGGGACAGGAUCUGGGCUACGGUGACUUCCUGCGCGAGGGCGUGUACUGUGUCCUGGGCGGGCCCUCGUUUGAGACCAUCGCAGAGUGUCGCAUGCUGCACAAACUGGGAGCUGAUGCUGUUGGAAUGAGCACGGUGCACGAGGUGGUCGUGGCUCGUCACUGUGGAAUGAGCGUGUUCGCACUGUCCCUGAUCACCAACAAGGCCGUGAUGGACUACGACAGCGAGGAAAAGGCCAACCAUGAAGAAGUCCUGGAGACAGGCAAGCAACGUUCCAGCCAGCUGGAGAAACUGGUGUCUACCCUGGUCACCCGCAUGGACUACAACAACAUCACCAAUACCUGAACAAAUGAAUGGAAUCAACCUACAAACCCAUAGAAGUAGAAUUCCAAGAUCAGGAACUUCCUAAUUCAAGUGAAUAGGUUUGGUGCUAGGUGGGCCGAAGGCUAUUUUGUUUGUACCUGUGGCAAAGGGGCAAUACGUUGCAGUGGCAAACCCUGUUCUAGGAAUGCUACUUCCAUGGCAAAACUGGCCUUGAAAAAGUGUCUGGAACAGUCCCUUACAUCUACAUUACUUUUUGACAUUUUAGUCAUAUAACAGAAGCUUAUCCAGAGUGACGAACAGGAGAAAUUUGUGUUAACUGUCUUGAUAAAAGACAGAACGACUUCUUCUUGUGUCCCUCGUUUUAAAAAUAUUCUUAAAUCUUAAGUGUACAUUCCUGCCAUGAGCAGCAAUACAAGCUACUACCUUUUUGUAUUAAAUUAUUGUCGGUUAAAAGUUGAUAAUGUUAAUUUAAUAUUGAUAGGCCGGUUUAAAUGUCUUGAUUUAACUUAACAUAGUUAUAAAGCAAUGAAUCUGCGGCACGUCUUAACAUAUGUAUCUAUCUUGUCUAUAGAUGUACAUUAUUCUAUGUAAAAUAUGUCAGCUCUUUGUAUUGUUUAAUAUGAAUGUUGUUACUAAACUGCAUAUUUAUAAACUUCUGUUUUAUUUGGUGUAAAUUAAGGGUGUUAUUGGUUAAUGAUCUUUGUAAACAUUUAAGUUAAAAAUGUUUAUUUUAAUUUCCUUUCAAACCUGGAAAGGUUGAGAUUGGGAUUUUCAAGCACAUUCUGGCCAAGAAAGGCAGCAGCAAGGCAUUAUUUAAGAAUUACAAAAAGACAACAUAAAAUGUAAGUUCUCUACAAAGAAAAAUAUUGUUAUAAUUCACAAAAUAAAAAACUGAAAAUUUAAAACAUUGACAAGUCAGGGAAUCAGCCUCAAAUUCAUCAAAGAUUUUAAAACAGCAAGAAGGACAAGUUCUUCCAAUUUAAAACUUUUUUGUAAAAAGU